AUGGAUCCACAUCACACUGUCACGAUGCGUUGGGUGGGUGUUGUGGUUGCGCUUGUGGUGGGCUGCCUCGUGGUUAAUUGCAUCGGCUACCCGAAGCAGCCAACGUUUCCAUCCUGCCAGAGUGCUGUGUGCUCGUCUGAUGGGAAUACGCAAAUGGACGGGGGUUGGGUGGAUUUGGGCGAAGUGGAUGGCGCUGAAGCUGAAGAGCUGAUAGCCUACAUGAAGAGCAACAAUGUUCCAAUGUACGCGUUGCCCAACGGUGAGCAGGUGUAUGCCAACCACCCCGCAAUCGGUCGUGCCAUAAAAAAGAUUGUAAGUCGCAAACAUCCUCAGGCAAACAAGCAGUCUUACCCUCCUCCCUCACCUUCACCUUCCUCUCCGUCGGUGUACAACAUGGAUCCAGUGGCACUGCAGUCCUUGCUCUUGAAUACGCCAUACCUGAAUCAACUUGUCAUGUUUGCGGACCCAGUACUCCUCCAAUCUGCAUUGAUGCACGUGCGAGGAAUUGGUAAUUAUGCUGCCAGCAUGGAUCCGCACACGCUGCAAUCAAUGAUCGCAUGGACACCGAGCAUCAAGGAGGUGGUGGCGAGCAUGAAUCCUGCACUCCUCAAGACCGUCCUGGUAGCAAUACCCAACAUCGACAGCAUUUUGCUAGGCACUGAUGGGGGCAGCAGCAAAGAUGAGGUGGCCGAAGUGCCGAGUGAGAAGGUUUUGGGUGAAGAGGCGAAAGCAGCAGCUACGACGUCAGUGCCUGCUACCACAACGUCGGAGUCUGUUGCCACCACCACUGCUGCUGCAACUGCGAAGUCAACUGCUACCACAGUGCCACAGCCUACUACCAGUGAGAAGUCCGAUGAGACAACUCUGACUGAUCCCAAUCCUACUCAACUCACCUUGUCUGCAGUGCCCAACAUUCCACCUCAAUAUGCUAACGUGUUGUUGGGCUUGGAUGCGGGCUUUGUUCAGUACAUCGUGGAGAAUCACCAAGAUCCCUCUGCUCUCCUCACCAACAUGAGUGCUCAAACCCUUCAGUACGUGGCUGCGCAUGUGCCCACAUUUGGCGCAGUUCUGUCGAGCCUCCCCACCACCACGUUGGAGGAAGUUUUCGGCAAGCUGUCCAACAUUGCCGAAUGCUUGCAAGCUAUGGAUUAUGCGAUAGUGAAGGAACUUGUAGCCAAACUGCCGUGGUUGGCAGUGCAUGCUCCUGCGGAACCACUCACCACUGCAACACCAACAACGCCAACACCGCAGUCUACGGUACAGACAACUAUUGUGACUGAACCGCCUACCUUCACGGACAAUGAGCUGGCGGAGAUGCGGAAGGUAAUACCUCUCAUCGACAAGUUGCUAGUGUUCGUGGAGCCGGAGAAACUGGCUGCAGUGCGCAGUGCUCUGCCAACUAUCGCAAAUACUUUGCGCAAAUGGGAUGCGUCUAUGCUGGAGACCAUCAACGUACAUUUGGCCAAUGCAACAAGCUCGUUCGAUUUUGUGUUCGAUUCUCUCUUUAAGGACCCCCUUCCACAAGUGACCACAGAUGAGAGCACCGUGGCCACAGAACUACCUAAAUAG